UGUGAAAAGUAACCAAGUGAUAAUUGUACCUCGAAACCCUGAACUCUCUAAAACCCUAGUCUCUCCGGAAAGCAGCGGAGGUCAUCGGUGGCGCCUCCGGGUCAAAAUUUGGAUCAUUUUGCAGAAUUAGCACCAUGUAUCUUCAAUUUUACAUAAACGACAACGGGGACAAGGUUUACACAACCAAGAAAGAGUCACCGCUUGGGUUGGUAACACAAUCUGCUCAUCCCGCUCGCUUCUCGCCAGAUGACAAGUACUCUAGGCAGCGAGUUCUUCUGAAGAAACGCUUUGGAUUGCUUCCAACCCAGAAACCGCCCCUAAAGUACUGAUAUCCGAGCUUCAGAUGCUCAUAUCUCUAAAAUUCUAGGAAAAGACAAUUGGUUUGAGAUCCUAAGGAAUAUUUUGUGAUGUUUGCAACUGCUAUAAUCUACUUCAUGCGGUGUAUAAGACUACAGUUUGAUGUGGGGAUUUUGUUGAGCAGUGGUCUUAUGUGAUCAUUUAUGUAAUCUUUGCUGAUAUCGUACUAUUGUAGUUAUUCACCAGUUUUCAAGCAGAGUUCUGAAGAGACAAACAUUGUGAUUAA